GGCCAUCCGAGCGCGAGGCACAUCUGCAAAUGACGUCAUCUCGAACCUCCCCGUCUCUCGCGCGCGGCUGCCAGUGUUUGAGUCUCAAUGUUGGCUCCGAUCCGGCUCCAGUAUUAAAGGGUGCAACUCUCUGAUCAGCUCUGCAAUUCUGCAUACAGACCGCACCAAUAUGAUUAUUAAUCUGUGCUAAAACAAAGGAGCCAGCAUUGAGCACGAGACCAAACAACAAGCCAAAAAAAGUCAAACAUGAAUUGAGUUACAGAGGCGCACAUACUUACUGAACAACUUUUUCAUAUUUUGGAGAUGAGUGCAUUGGAGUUAUUGUUUUUCUUUCUGUCGUUUUCGUUGCACUGAUAAUGCAGUAAGUUCUUGAAGAAGCGGCUUUUGUUUCUGCACAAGGACACAACUACAUUUGUUGGCACGAGAGACAGAAUGGCUUGAAGCGAAAGAAGAGAUUUGCUGAAGAAUGCAUUGAAGUGGACUGUCUCAAAUGCAGAAGAUUUCUACUGUCUGUAUUAAUUCAACAAAAAGAUGAAGACGGCAAACAAAUGGAUCAUUCCGUACAAGCUCCCAAAUUAGGUCUGCUGCUUUGGAAUAACACGCGGAGCAUUCUUAUGGAUUCCUCCACAUCUCAUGGCUGACACAGGUACAGGCAGCCUGUCCUGGAGACUUCGUCCUUAAGAAGACAUUUAAACCCGGGAUUAAGCGAGGACUCAGAGUUAAACGUUUUGAGGAUGCUUAUCGCGGAUAUGUUACGGCGGAAUGCUGGAUUGAUCGUAUCGCUUUAAUCCAUUUGUAGCCUCCCCGACCCCCCCACCCCAUGUCAGAUCUUCUCUAAAUUAUGGAAAUUUUUUGGAAGACGCUGACUUGGAUAUGUAGCCUGGUCUUGGCCGCUGCUGAACCUCAGAGCCUUUCAUACAACUCUCAAGCGGAAUUCCUGUCCAAGCUGGAUCAUUACCAGCUAACGGUACCGGUGCGGGUGAACGAGAGAGGCCAGUUUAUGAGUUACACUGUGAAACAUUUCGUACCUGGUCGGAGACGACGGGCAUUGGACCAGGCUGAGCCAGACCACACCGAGACCAGGCUUUUUUUCAAACUCUCAGCGUACGGCAAGCACUUUCACCUGAACGUGACACUCAACCCCAACCUGGUUUCAAAACAUUUCACUGUAGAGUACUGGGGUAAAGAUGGAGUGGAUCGGCAGCAUUCAUCGGUCGAUAAUUGCCACUAUGUUGGAUACCUGCUGGAUCAGUAUAGCACUACACAAGUUGCAUUGAGCAACUGCAAAGGCUUGCAUGGUGUCAUAACCACAGAAGAAGAGCAAUAUUUAAUAGAGCCAUUAAAAAACACAUCCAGAAAUCUCAGCGAUGUCAACCCCGAAGAAGGACAACCGCACGUUAUUUAUAAAAAGUCUUCCAUUCAUUCUCAGCGAGAGCACGGCGAGGGGUUCGGCUGCGGCGUCUCAGACCUCACAAAAAACAGGACGCCCUGUAACCAAACGUGUCCAGGUUCGAACUCACCUCACCCGACUGGUGCCCAUCGGCAGCGGCGUUCUGUCAGCUCUGAACGUUUCGUGGAGACCCUAGUGGUGGCCGACAAAAUGAUGGUCGGGUACCACGGUCGCAAAGACAUCGAGCACUACGUCCUGUCCGUGAUGAAUAUUGUUGCCAAACUUUACCGUGAUGCCAGCCUAGGAAACGUUGUGAACAUUAUUGUAACCAGACUGAUCGUCUUGACUGAAGAUCAGCCCAACUUGGAGAUAAACCAUCAUGCGGACAAAUCCCUCGACAGCUUCUGUAAAUGGCAGAAAUCCAUUCUUUCUCAUCAGGGGGAUGGAAACAGUAUUCCAGAGAAUGGGAUCGCCCAUCACGACAACGCUGUUCUCAUCACAAGAUAUGACAUCUGCACCUAUAAGAACAAACCAUGUGGUACACUUGGUUUGGCGUCCGUAGCAGGAAUGUGCGAGCCGGAGAGGAGUUGCAGUAUUAAUGAAGAUAUAGGCCUCGGUUCUGCUUUUACUAUUGCUCAUGAGAUUGGACACAAUUUCGGGAUGAACCACGAUGGGAUCGGGAAUUCUUGCGGAACCAAAGGUCACGAAACAGCCAAGCUUAUGGCAGCCCACAUCACAGCCAACACCAACCCUUUCUCCUGGUCAGCCUGCAGUAAGGACUAUAUCACCAGCUUUCUGGACUCAGGUCGGGGAACGUGUCUGGACAAUGAACCUCCAAAACGAGACUUCCUGUACCCUACUGUGGCUCCAGGGCAGGUGUAUGAUGCAGAUGAACAGUGUCGUUUUCAGUACGGCGCCUCCUCUCGGCAGUGCAAGUAUGGGGAAGUGUGUAGAGAGCUCUGGUGCCUUAGCAAAAGUAAUCGCUGUGUUACCAACAGUAUCCCAGCCGCAGAAGGAACCAUAUGUCAGACCAGCAGCAUUGACAAAGGGUGGUGCUAUCAGGGCGAGUGUGUGGCGUUUGGGACGUGGCCACAGAGCGUGGACGGAAGCUGGGGACCCUGGAGCACCUGGGGCGAAUGCAGUCGUACCUGCGGCGGUGGCGUCUCUUCUUCCAUGCGACAUUGUGACAGCCCAGCGCCGACGAGUGGAGGAAAGUACUGCCUCGGAGAGAGGAAACGCUACAGAUCGUGUAACACCGAUCCUUGUCCAGCAGGAUCACGUGACUUUAGGGAGAAGCAGUGUGCCGAUUUUGACAACAUGCCUUUCCGUGGGAAGUACUACAACUGGAAGCCAUACACUGGAGGUGGAGUGAAGCCAUGCGCACUGAACUGUCUGGCCGAGGGUUACAACUUCUACACCGAACGUUCCCCCGCUGUUAUCGACGGCACUCAAUGCCAGGCGGAUUCUCUGGACAUAUGCAUCAAUGGAGAGUGCAAGCAUGUUGGCUGUGAUAACAUACUGGGAUCGGAUGCCAAGGAGGACAGGUGCCGUGUAUGCGGUGGGGACGGAAGCAUGUGUGAGGUCUCUGAGGGCCUGUUUAAUGAUUCGCUGCCCAGAGGAGGUUACAUGGAGGUCGUCCACAUACCCAAAGGAUCAGUUCACAUUGAAAUCAGAGAGGUGGCCAUGUCAAAAAACUACAUUGCUUUGAAAUCGGAAGGGGACGACUAUUACAUCAACGGAGCUUGGACCAUCGACUGGCCCCGCAAAUUUGACAUCACAGGAACUGCCUUUCAUUAUAAAAGGCCGACAGAUGAACCUGAAUCGCUAGAAGCUUUAGGAGCAACGACGGAAAAUUUGGUUGUAAUGGUGCUACUACAGGAACAGAACCUGGGCAUUCGCUACAAAUUCAACGUGCCAAUCCAGCGUACAGGGAGCGGUGACAAUGAUGUUGGCUUCUCCUGGCACCACCUGUCCUGGUCCGAGUGUUCAGCUACUUGUGCGGGAGGUUCUCAGAGGCAAGAGGUGGUUUGUAAAAGACUGGAUGACAAUUCCGUGGUCCAAAACAGCUAUUGUGAUCCGGACAGCAAACCUCCAGAAAAUCAUCGACCCUGUAAUACCGAGCCAUGCCCUCCUGAAUGGUUUAUAGGUGACUGGUCUGAAUGUGGAAAAACUUGCGACGGAGGCGUCCGUACACGUACCGUUUUGUGUAUACGUAAAAUCGGACCUGCUGAAGAAGAGACUUUAGAAGACAGUCACUGUCUGACCCAUCGACCAAUAGAACAAGAGUCCUGUAACAAUCAGUCCUGCCCACCUCAAUGGGUCACUCUGGAUUGGUCAGAGUGUACCCCAAAAUGCGGUCCUGGAUUCAAACAUCGCAUUGUUCUGUGUAAAAGUAGCGACCUGACCAAAACCUUCCCACCUGCCCUCUGUUCUGACCAUAACAAACCUCCGGUGCGAAUACGGUGCAGCCUCGGGCGCUGCCCACCACCACGCUGGAUCCCUGGAGAAUGGGGACAGUGCUCUGCCCAAUGUGGACUGGGCCAACAGAUGCGGACCGUUCAGUGCGUGUCGUACACGGGACAGCUUUCCAACGAGUGCACCGAGUCUCUCCGACCCAACACCAUGCAACAGUGUGAAAGCAAGUGCGACGCCACGCCCAUCUCCGGUGGCGACGAGUGCAAAGACGUAAACAAGGUGGCAUACUGCCCAUUGGUGCUAAAGUUCAAGUUCUGCAGCCGGGCGUACUUCAGGCAGAUGUGCUGCAAAACGUGCCAAGGACAUUGACCCUAUGAGAAGCAAAGACAGAUGCUGAGAAACAAAAGGAGAGAGAGGGACAAAAUGGGCAGAGAGAAAAGCAGACCAUCGUUGGGCACAAACAAUACUUCUCUCUCACUUUCCACACACACAUACAGUAUACACAACUGCUUUUACCCCUGUGGAACUCAAACCACUGCUCAGCAUUCAGCUGACAACCUUUGUUUUAUUUUCACUUCUGUGAAGUGGGAAUGUAUAAAAUGAUCGUUAUUGUUGUUAUUUUAAUAAUAAUAAUAAUAAUUGCUAUUGGUUAUUAUUAUUAUCAAUGUCUUUCUGUUGUUAUAAUUCAAAGUGCUGGACACAUCAAUCACAGAGGUAGCACGGCAGAGAUUUACUUCAAGGAAAGAAAAAGUUUUUAAGUGUUCCCCUGGGUCUCAUUAACGCUCCUCGUAUCUAAUCUUUUCGGCAACACUGCAUGAAGGACUAUUCACACUGACAAAAAAUGUGGUGAACACCAAUGGGAGUGGAAAGUGGAGGUCAUGUGAUCCAGCAGCUACUGGCAACCAGCAGUAGAAAGACUCUGCAACCUCCAUCGAUUUAAUCAGUGUUAGUGUGAAUACACCUAAUACAACUUCAAUUCAAAUUAGUGCCAAAUAUAUAUAUAUAUCGAUUCUAUACGCUUAAAAUUUUAAACUGUAUAGAUGGUUGAACUACAUACCCUAUAGUGUGAUGCAUGAUCAGUUUGUUUCACUUUGAGAGUGGAUGGAGAUGCCCAACAAACUAGAUAUGCAUGCAGUAUAUUGAAAUCAAUAGCCUCAAUGUGGGUAAUGUAGAUUUAAAUGUAUUCAUUUGGCAAAUUAUUUAUCAUCAUCAAAAGUGACACUAUGGGACCUCAGCUGCCAGAUUUUUUGACAUCUUUUAAAAAAAUAAGAUCCAGGGCCUGAAGAAAAAACAGGUUAAUGGGAUUGGAUGCUUUGGUGCUGAAUUUGUGCUGGAAAAAUCUCUAUUACUGGUGAAUCGUGUGUUAGUCACCUAUAUUAAAGAGAAACAUCAGCCAAAGAAUUCAAACAUUGUCUAAAACUUGAACAAUUAAGACAAUGAGAUUAGUUCAGUAGGGACGUUGAUGUGAUUGUGUCUCUAGAAUUAUUACAGACACUUGAGACACACAAUGGUUGUGAUUCUGCUUUAUGGAUCCAUACUCUGCUUUAAAUUCUGAGGUUUUGACAAUUGCGUGUCUGUUAUGAGGCCCAGACACAAUCAUUUUUGCACGUAAUGCAUGCCACAGAGACGCUCCACUACAUUAUUACACAGUUUAUCAGCACAAGGAUGACUUGCUUGAAGACCUCCAGGUUAUUAUGCUUUAUCAAAGUCAAGCAAAGGGACCGUGCCCAAAUACGUUGCCAGACCCCACAGAUCCUAACUAGCUCCAGAAAACCCCCUCACCCCAUUCUUUCCUGACAUCGCACUGCUUUUAACACACAAACUCUUCACUAGCAAUGGUGCUUUCCUUCCUGCAGUGAAGGACUGUUUGUUUAUCUGCCGUUCUUUUGACUUAAGGUGCUACAAGAUCCUGAUGCAUUCUGGGUAUGCAGUCUAAGCAACUGACUAUGACAAUAAACCAAGGACAAUUUAGGUCUGUUCUAAAACCUAGCAAGCUGCCUACCUAAUCAGCAUUAAGGCCCUGUCCCAAAUGGCACACUCUGGACUUGUGGACCUCCUCAAAGUCCACACUUUGAGGACAUCAUGUAGUGCAGACCCUAGGGACCCUUGAUGCGAGUCCAAGAGGGUGGACCGAAGUUGUAUUUUGGGACAGACUCGAGUGUCACGCCGGAAAUAAGAAGAGAAAUUGCCCAUCAGUGUGAACCUCUCUUUGCUGAAGACCGCAUCAAGGAUGGGAUAACCCUACGGACUCGUAGAUUAAGCGAGCAUGCGCAAUUUAAGGCCACAAGACCGAAAGUCCACAUGAAGUGCGCCAUUUGAGACAGGGCCUUUGCGAAUGCAAAGGUGGAUAUACAAUUAUUCAAGUUAUUCUUUAAAGAUAUUGCAAAAAUCAUACAAUGCUUGUGAUGAAGGAAAUCCUGGGAUACAGCUGAAUCUGAGUUAAAGAGAAAAAGUAUAAUGUGAAAUACAUAUCUCAGUCUUAUUAAAAAUGAACCAUUUUGCCUAAUAUUUGUAUUUUUAUGUUUGUUUAAAAACAUGUUUUUACGUCAAACUCUCUUGCUGAAAUGACGAGCAGCAGUUUGUGAUCCAUGCUGGCCCACGGUGUUAUAUGCUGAAUAUUGGGGAUCUAUUAUUGGUUUACCUAAUGGACCAUCAUACUAAUAUAGUGCUACACAAUGCCAUAAAAGCAUUUUUGGCUGUAUGGUUCAUAAAGAACCUUGAACAAAAGUACUUUGUAUUGUAUCUUCCAUCUAUAAAAAUGCAUGAAAGAAAUGGUUCUUCUAUGGCAUCGUAAAGCACCUUGAUUAUAAAGAAUGGAAGGCAGCUUACUAGGUAUUGGAACAAAGCUUUAGUCCGUUUUUCUUUACCUCACGGGUUGGCUCUGGUUUUUAACAUUCCACUAACUAUAAAUGUAUUUUCCAUCAUUUCUAACCCGAGUGAUCAACAGCAUGCAUUUAAGUAAACCAUGUCAUAUCACAUUGAUGAAACUCUGAGGACUGUUGUUAAUCAUACAAUCUGCUGCUGCUACUAUAUUGUAGCCACAAACAUAAUAUUAAUCAGUUAUAUAUUGUAUUGAAAUGUUUAAAGUAGUAUUAUUCAAUAACGAACAUUGGACCGAGGAACUGUUGAGCAUCCUGAAGUUGUGCUUUGUAAUGUUUUGGAUGUUACGAAGUUUACUGGCUUUGGGAAACGGAGGCUAUAGACACUCAAUGAAACUGGUACUCAUUGCUGUGAACUUGUGUCUUUGAAUGUCACAUUGUUUAACCUGUACCUAAACAAGAGAGGUUUGCAUUAUUGUGAAUAGUUGCUUACAUUUUAUAUUCAGUAAUAAUGUUGGUACACUGUUACUAAUUUUUUUUUCAUUUGUAAAUUAUAUGCUAAUUUAUUGCCAUUUGUCACUUGUCCUAUAUGUAUGUUUCACUGCAUGCGAACAUGCAAAUCUAGUUUAGUAGUGAAAACAAUGAGGUGGAAUGAUAUUCACGAUCCUGUUUCAGUCUCUAUUAAAAUGUGAGUUUGAAUGUGUCCUACUUUGAACUAUGUCAGAAUGCUAGCGUGCAAGUUUGUGUGUUUGAUUGUACGUAUGCUUGUAUGGUGAGGAUCAGUGCUCACGAAAAAUAAUAAUGAAUAGUGUUAAUGGUGUCAAAGGGUAUGAAAAGAAGAUAUUCCCAUAAUAACUUUAACAUUCUCAGUCCUUUGGCUUUGUGGUGAAUCCUACAAUAUGUAUUGGAUCAUGAAUAAAAUCGACUUUAAAUGGGUUGUGUUUGUUUAAGAUGUUUGUCUGUGGUUUCCAACAAAUGGGUUAAGUGUAUCUAAAAGAGUUUACUGUUUGAGAACAAGAGGCUCAUUCAUUAAAAAAAAGAUGC